AUGGCUCCCCCGCCGAACCCCAAUCUUCCUCUCCAGGAGAGACUCUUGGCUCUUGCUAAGACCCUCCAAUUCGGUUGGUUUGUAGGACACCUCACCCUGAUUCUCACAACGAUCCGAUAUGGCUUCUCCUGGUUGAGAAUGAACUACUACACACGUACUGCCCAGGUCUCUUACCGCACUGCUUUUAUUGCAGCUGCUGUUACCUACGGUAUCGUCGUUUACAAGACCAUGCGCGCCCGCGCAAAGACCGGCGCUCGUGCUGCUCCCAGCCCCCUUGCUCUUCUAGCGGACGAGAACAUUCAAUACCUUGCCAUGGCCCUUGUUUGGCUCUUCUCCCCUCAGUACCCCCUCGCCUUGAUCCCUUACACGAUCUACUCGGUCUUCCACGUUGCCACCUACACCCGCGCCAAUGUGAUCCCCGCCGUCCUUGCGCCCAAGCCUGCUCCCGAAGCUGACGGUGCUUCUCCUAACCGCCGACCUGCUGUCAACAGCGCUCUUGCUGACCAGAUCGGUGCUUUCGUCAAGGAGUACUAUGACGCUUCCAUGGCCAUUGUCUCCUCCCUCGAGAUCGCUCUCUGGGGCCGCAUCUUCCUCUCCGCCAUUCUCUUCCAGCGCCGAUCUUGGAUCCUCAUUGUCCUCUACACUGCCUUCCUCCGUGCUCGUUUCACCCAGAGCACCCAUAUUCAGAACUCUUUCACUCAGCUCGGCGCUCGUGUCGACUCUCUUGUUAGCGCCCAGGGAACUCCCCCUGCCGCGCGCCAGGUCUGGCAGAUCGUCAAGGACGGUGCCAAGCAGUUCCACGAUGUCACCGACGUCGGUAAAUACAUCAGCGGCCCCGCCAAGAAGACCUCAUAA